AUGACCUCAAUUAUAGGGUUCUUCAAGCGCGUCACGACCUCUGCAAAUCCGCCCGAGGUUCCCAAGGCUGAGAACCCAAUUAGGUUUGGUAUUCUAGGCGCCGCCAACAUUGGGCCCGACGCCCUCAUCAAGCCGGCGAAGAGCCAUCCCGAGGUCGUCAUCGCCGCCGUCGCAGCGCGCGAUAAGACCAAGGCUGAGACGUACGCGAAGAAAUGGGGCAUUCAGAAGACCUACGGUGGUCCGGCUGGAUAUGACGAGUUAUUGAAUGACCCUGAAAUUGACGCCGUAUAUAAUCCUCUACCGAACGGUUUACAUUACGAAUGGACCAUGAAGGCACUAUCAAAGGGCAAACACGUCCUCCUGGAGAAGCCCAGUGCCGACACUGCCGAGGAAACCCGGAAGAUGUUCGAGCUGGCGGAACAGAAGGGGCUGGUUCUUAUGGAGGCAUUCCAUUACAGGUUCCACCCUGCCGUGCAGCGUGCCAAAGCGAUAUUGGAUAGCGGCGAGCUGGGUGCUGUCAAGAGUUUAACUUGCCAUAUGGUUAUCCCCGAAAUCGGAUUUAUUGGGAAGGACGACAUUCGCUACAACCAUUCCCUGGGCGGUGGAUGCAUGAUGGACAUGGGCUGCUACCCCCUCAGUGCCGUCCGCUUCUUUGCUUCGAACAACCCCGUAUCGGUGCUCAGCGCCGAAGCGCACGUCAUCCCCCCGGCGGCGGACCUCGUCGAUAAGGGCAUGAGCGCGACGCUCGCCUUCCCGAACGACGUUGCGGCCUCCAUCCGGUGCCAUUUUGGCAUGCCGCCCGCGUACGGCUUCAUCCCGCGCAUGCCCGUGUUAUCCCUUAAGGCGGAGUGCGAAGGCGGCGAGCUCACGCUGAGCAACUUCGUCUUGCCGACGUUGUGGCACUCCAUUACCGUUAGCAAGCGCGAGGGUCGGGGCCGCGUGACGAGGACGGAGAAGGCGUACACGUUUAAGGACGGCAUAGGCGAGCCGUGGUGGACAACAUAUCGAUACCAGCUCGAGGCGUUCGUGGACAAGCUGAAGGGCCGCAAUCCUCACUACUGGAUGACUGGAGAAGAUUCGGUGGCGAAUAUGGAAUGGAUUGAGCGCGUGUACGAGAAGAGCGGUCUAGGAAGCCGUCCGGCAUCUAAGUUUGUCCUCUGA